UCCUGGGGCCUUCAGCCCCCGGCAGGGGGCCCGUUGUCGCUGUCUGUCGCCAGCAGUCUCCACGUGGUCGUCAGAGAAUUCCCUGUCCCCCCGGCCGGGGCGUCACCUUCUCCACGGGCCUGGCGCGGGUCCCCAGCUCGGGCGGCCCUCCCGUGUCCCCGCCUGUGACGGCAGCACCACAAUGGCCAAGAACAAACUAAGAGGGCAGAAGUCCAGGAAUGUAUUUCACAUAGCCAGCCAAAAACACUUUAAGGUUAAAAAUAAAGCAAAGCCAGUUACCACUAACCUUAAGAAGAUAAACAUUGUGAACAAGGAAAAAGUUAACAGAGUGAAUAAAGCUUUUAUAGAUAUACAAAAGGAACUAGCACAUUUCUCAAAAGGCCUUUCCCUUGAACCUCUGCAGAAACAGCUGAUUCCUCAGCAGUGUCAUGAAAAUGAACCAGUUAAUAUUGAUGAAGCUACAAGAUUAAUGGCUCAGUUGUAAUACACUGAUGAUGCAUCCAAUUCCCCAAAAAGACCAAUAAAUUAAAUGUUUUAUACAA